AUGAAGAGAACAGUUGAAGGAAACGUGAAGGAUGUUGAGCUACCUUCAGGUAAUUAUGCUCCACUCUUUGAGAAGAGUGGAAAAUGGGAGGGAAAGCAUUCCGACAACAUUCUCAUUUUUACCCAUAAGGAUUGCGUACCUCGCUCUAAGGUGGCAGCAUUUGAUAUGGAUGGGACAUUGAUAACAACAAAGUCCGGAAAGGUAUUUCCGGUGGAUAACUCAGAUUGGAGAAUUAUCUACAAUCAAGUUGGUCCUCGUCUGAAGAGACUUCAUGACGAGGAAGACUUUAAGAUUGUCAUCUUUACCAACCAAAAAGGCAUUCAGUUGGGAAAGGUUGAUAAGACCGGGUUCAAGCGCAAAAUCGAGGCUGUAAUUGCGAAACUAGGAGUACCCGCUCAGGCGCUUAUCGCAAUUGGUGACGGUCAUUACCGGAAGCCUUGUACGGGCAUGUGGAGAGAGCUCGAAGAAGCGAAUGGUGAUAUUUUCAUAGAUGUAAGCAAAUCAAUGUACAUUGGAGACGCAGCAGGAAGACACAAGACGAAGAUACGCCCCAAAAAGGACCACUCAUGCGCCGAUCGUUUUUUUGCGGCUAAUGUUGGCUUAACAUUUCAAACUCCUGAAGAGUUCUUUCUGGACUACAAAACCCCUGAACCGUGGGGUCCGCCUUCGUUCGAUCCUUCUUCGUAUAUUGACUCGACGAAGCCUCUACUGGAUCCUCAAGAUACGCCUUUUCCAUCAUCAGCUCAAGAGUUGAUUGUAAUUGUCGGUUUUCCCGGGUCAGGGAAGUCUACAUUUGCAAAGAAACUUGAGAAGGAUCAUGGGUAUGUGGUCGUGAAUCGUGAUACUCUCGGAACGUGGCAAAAAUGUUGCGAGCACACUAGGGCUUAUCUCAGAGGCGGCAAGAGUGUGGUGAUAGACAACACGAAUCCGAAUAAAGAAGCCAGAAGUCGGUACAUCGCUCUAGCACGUGAGAUGAAGGCGCCAUGUCGUUGUUUUGAAUUAACAUGCAACAUUCAUCAUGCUGGACACAACGUGAAGUUCCGUCAGUUAACACAGAAAGUAUCCAACGAAGUUAGCACUAUGGUGUUACGUAUGUACGCGAGCAAAUACGAGGUAAAACUAGUCCGUUAA